CUCGUGCAAGCAGUGACUCUCCAGACACCAAGCAGCGCGCUCCUGUGACACAGCAGCGCGCUCCUGUGACACUACAGCUCGUAAUGUGGCCACUUGUAGAGGAAGACAACAAUCAGUUAAACUCUGAAGGUGACUCCUCCCAAGCGGCGUCCCUCACCCUAGUUGAUAGCCAACCAGCUCAACCCUCUGAACACCCUGAGUUACCAUUGGUCUGCCUUGCUAAACCUUCGGGAGCCUCUGGGUUAUCUGCAGGUCUUGAUACCAAAGAGGAUGAACGUAGGAAAUUCCAACUUGAGAACGAAAAGGAGUAUGAACAAAUGCUCGAGUUGUCCUCCCAGCUACGGAAAAAUGUCCAGGAAAUAGUAAAGCUAAAAAGGAAGCUGGCUGCUUUUCCUGGUGUAUUGACACUCUCGAGCAACAACUCGAACGUACAGUAAAGGAGGAGAUGGCGUCGGCCUUGCAGUUAAAGGUUUUGAGUAAGAUCUUGGCAGUGGUCGCCGAGAGCUGUGGUCCGGAUAACCCAGCCAAAAACCGUUUAAAGAAACUUCUUCACACUCUCGGAUCAAAUCACAAUUAAAAAUCACAUCUGUAUUAAAAAUCUUUCUCUAAAAUAACUGUCAAUAUUCAACUAGAAUGAAUUAAUAGUUGUAGAAAAUGAUUAAACUGGAAAUAUAUUGAUUUACCCCUCUGUACGUGAUAUCAAAAUGCGUCAGAUAUAAUUUUGGGGGUUAUGGCAUUGUAUUGUAAACUGUAAAUAAAGGACACAUCGCAGGUUA